AUGGCCAUCGAAGGCUGGGAAGCCCAAGCCCAAAGAGGUAAAGAUAUUCUUACCAACUCUAUUCCGAAGCAAUGGCUUCUUCCCGUUGAGAGACUACCUCCGGUCUCGCAGAAGAGCGUGGUGGAUUUCCCCCGACAAAGCGGGCUGUUGAGUGAGCGCGAGCUCACUAUCACUGAUAUGUCGGCCACGGCACUGGUAGCGGAAAUGGGGAAAGGGAAGCUCAGCUCGGAAGAGGUUGUGGUGGCAUUUUUGAAGAGAGCGGUCUUGGGCCAUCAACUGCUCAAUUUUGCUACCGAAUUCAUGGCUGAAGAGGCAGUUGCUCGUGCCAAAGAGCUUGAUGAGUACUACCAACGCACGGGGAAACUGGUCGGGCCUCUGCAUGGCGUUCCGAUUAGUGUGAAAGAGCAUAUUUCCAUGAAGAACCGAACAUGCAAUACUGGAUAUGUCGCAUGGGUUGAUAAGGUCACUACGGAGGAUUCGCUCCUCCUACAAUGCCUGUCCAAAUCUGGCGCCAUCUUUCAUGUCCGGACUAACCAGCCGCAAUCAUUGAUGCACCUGUGCUGCAGCAACAACAUCACCGGCACAACAUUGAACCCAUACAAUCGCACUCUAACUCCAGGUGGAUCCUCCGGUGGCGAGGGUGCUUCUAUGGGCUUCCACUGUGCGCCGCUGGGCAUUGGAACUGACAUCGGCGGAUCGAUUCGCUGCCCAGCUGCCUUCUGCGGUGCAUACGGUUUCCGACCUACAACUCUGCGGAACCCUCUAACGGGAUUAAAGGCUGCUGCCUCGGGCCAAGACUCAAUUCGUGGUGUGGUGGGUCCACUGGCCAGCUGCUCGAUUGAGGAUCUAGAACUGUUCCAGAAGGCUGUGUUGGAACAGGAACCUUGGGAGAUUGAGACAGCGCUGGUGCCUGUGCCGUGGAGAACUGUUGCACCGACACGGGAUAUGACUGUGGCCAUAAUGUGGGAUGACGGUUGCGUUCGUCCUCAUCCCCCCAUAACUCGGGCCUUGAGACUCGCAAAGGAGAAAUUGUCCGAUGCGGGCAUCAAAGUCGUGGACUGGGAGCCAUAUAAGCAUCAGGAUGCCUGGAAUAUUAUCGCCGCUCUAUACUUCCCCGACGCCACUAGGAGGCAACGCGAAAUUCUUGCCCAAUCGGGCGAGCCAAUGCGUCCGCUAACUGAAUGGGCCUUUAGCUAUAGCCAAAAAACGCCCAUUUCCCAUCCUGAGGCUUGGAUUCUUCACGGCCAGCGCGAUACCUACAGAGACGAGUACCACGCUCUCAUGAAACAACGUGGUGUUGACUUUAUCCUCUCUCCGGCUUAUUCCGGGGUUGCUGCCGUGAUGGGCGAGCCCCAGUAUUGGAACUAUACUGCGAUUUGGAACAUAGUUGAUUUACCUUCUGCAGUGUUCCCAUCUGGAAUAGCCGUGGAUUCCACGGCAGAUGCGCUGACGGACGAGGAUAAACAAUACGUUCCGAGAGACGAAGUUGACGAGCGUGAGUGGCGUAAGUAUCAGGGCCCAGAGAGGUAUGAGGGUGCGCCGGUGGGACUGCAAAUUGCCGGUAAACGAUUCAAGGAUGAAGAGACCCUAGCGGCGGCCAAGCUUGUUGAGCAGAUCAUCAAAGGCGAGAAGAAAGCAUGA